GAAAUCUGCACCGGGGGGCGGGGCAACAGCGCGGAACAACAAAGGCCGUCCCGUCGCAGAACACGGGAAGCGAUUCCUUCCGCAGGUCUUCCUCUGCUGUCUCAAUGCCGACACGUGACGCAACGUGUAAUGGGUGGACUGUCUGCUUUCUGUUAUAGCGAUGACGCGUUGGAAAGUGGCGCGCGUGUUCAUUUUGCAUUGGCCGCUGCUGCAUUCGAUCCUGAUGCCACUGGGAAAGUACACCUUGUGACAGCGGCCGUCAUAUCCAUAUCGAUCGAGUCAACGGAGAACGGUUAUCGAGGUCAGGCAUUGGAAGGGAGGAAAGUGGUCGGACUGACACCGGGAGUGUUCCACUUGCUGUGAAGCCACGUUGUGUCCCACCGGCCAACUCAGCAUACGUCUCGCUGAAUUGCGCCGAAUAUAGCCAGGUUUUAGUGAGAAGGAUACGAAAGUAACUGGAGAAAAUGAUGGUGGAGCUGUUCUCAAUGUUUGGAAGUAAUCCAUGGAAGCGUGCCCGAAGGAAGACCUAGAAGACUUCGGAACACCUCCAGCAUCUGGCUGAUGUGCAACCUGACAUGCGGCUUCCCUGCAGCAGUCUGCGGUUCCGCUACUUCAAGUACACAUGUCAUCUAGGUCUUGUGUUCCUGAUGACAGUCGUCUUCGUGUUUAUGGCUAAACAAUGGACACUACCACAAAGAGGUCCUCCCACCAAACAGCCGUUCAGUGUGACCUCCUCCGAACGGCAGAACCAUUCGAAACGUGACUCCGAAUUCAAGAUUCUGAUCUGGAACGUCGGGAAGCGAAUGCAACGCCGGUUUCUGCGCUCGUUCAGCGCCACGGAGAAGGACCCGUUCAAAUACUGUACCGUUCGUAACUGCAAACUGGAAGUGGACAACGACAAGAUCGGCGAAGCGUCGGCCGUCAUGUUUCACCUCCACCUUACAAAAGGGCCGCACACUCUACCACCGUAUCAUAAACCGGAUCAAGACUGGAUAUUCUUCACUGACGAAUCUCCCCUGCACACAUUCCUGCUUACGAAAAAGUAUAGGAUGAGGGAUUACAACGGAAUCUUUAACCUUAGCAUGACAUAUCGCAGUGAUUCAGACAUACCUGUCCCGUACGGAAGAACAGUGAGGCUGUCUCCAGAAGAAAAGGGUGCUGUGGGACAACUGCGUAACUUCGCGGCACAGAAGGCACGUUUGGUCGCCAUACUAGGGAGUAACUGUGGAGGUACCAACCGUCGUUGGGACUAUGUGCACGAACUGGAAAAGUACAUUCAGGUGGACAUUUACGGUGGCUGCGGGAACAAAGCGGUGUGCCCAGGACAUUUUACGAGAGACUGUGACGUGAUGAAAGAGUACAAGUUCUAUCUCUCGUUCGAGAACAGCAACUGCAGAGAGUACAUCACGGAGAAACUCUGGUGGAACGCGUACGAGAAAGAAGUCGUACCUGUAGUGAUGGGUGGCUCGAAGAGUGAUUACGAGAAACUCUGCCCUCCAAAGUCGUUCAUUCACGUGGAGGACUUCGAGAGCCCUCGGGAUCUGGCCGCGUACUUGAAGGCGCUCGAUGCCGACGACGUCGCGUACAAUGCAUUUUUUCAGUGGAAGAAGGAAUACCGAGUCUUAAACGAACACGGAUACUUUGGUUCGCCGUCUCUGCAUCUGUGCAGGAUCUGUGAAAAACUGAACGCUCCAAAUAGGUUGCCGAAAGUGUACAGUGAAUUAGAUUCGUUCUGGAAUGCUAAGGAGGAUUGUAGAAAACCUGCGUGGUGAAGCUGUAUCCUGGUUUGAAGCAAACCUGUGUCGGCCGUUGCUUGUCGCUGAGACUGAGCUUUGUGUGGCGGCUACACGUGCAAUAUGAUUUGUGUAUAGUGACGCCAUCAGUGUGCCGAAAGAGCUUCCGCUGAAUUACUUUAUGCUGCGUGACUGUGGUUGCUGGUUAAUUACAUCACGUACGCAUUGUAGUGCACGAGGGAGCACCACGAGGCCGUACACGUCCUUGAGCACACUGCCAUCCAUAUGAAUGCCGUCAAUGGACCGCGAAAUCAAAUCGUUACUAUUAAUAAGUGGGAGUAGACCACGUGACGGUCACGUAGGCCACGGAGGUGUCAGUUUUACUGGCGAAAAUUCCUCUCGUGACGUCACAGCCGCGUCAGCAUCCAUAUUUGCGAAUAUGGUUUUCCACUAAUCCGUUACUUUGAGGAGAAACUUGGACUGCAAUGCUCUCUUGCGCUAGCGUACGACCGUUCAUGAUCAUGUCGCUAAUAUUCGAGGUUGUUAUUUCUGUUUUCAUUAAACGUGUUCAUUGCUGUG